UACGAGGAUAGGAAAAGUGUCUGUCAAUAACAAUGCCGUUUCACGGUCGUGCUCUGGUGGGGCAGAUUGACCGACUGCAGGAUAGUAGCCGAGGCGUCUUUUUUAUAUAAUAAUCGCUCGGUUCUCGCGUUAGCUUUCCAGUAUCCUGAUGAUCGUCCACCCGCGUGCGAAUAUGCCGGACAGCUUUGCUCGUGCAAUUUAAUUAAACUUUGUGUCAUCGUUGUCGCUGUGAUUGUUACUUAUUCUUCUUCUUAUCUUCGUGGACUAGAGAGAUUUUUUUGAUGUGAUUGAUGAGCGGUCGAUAGGUGGCCGAUAAUUGGAAGAGUUUUCGGUUAUUCGCAGCCGGAGAGUAUGAGAAGGCAUAGAUUAUAACCAACGAAAGAGAGUAUCUAGGAAAAAAAAGCUACCAUGGAUCAUUCACUUUACCGUCAAGUAAUGAUUGGUGUCAUUUGUAAUCUGCUGAUAGUCGACAGCGGAUUUCACGAGGGCUGGAGUACACCGAUGAUUGAUAAGCUUGAAAGUAAGGAUCCCGAGGUGACGAUUAACAAGGAACAAGGUACAUGGAUUGUCAACCUCAUGUACGUUGGUGUCGGGGUCGGCUCGUUAAUACCACUCUUGCUCAUGGACACGAUUGGCCGCAAGUGGACGAUGCUGAUAGCCGCCAUACCCAAGAUUAGCAGCUGGAUUAUUUUCGCCUUCGCCCUGGAUUACCGGGCGUUCUACGUCGGUCGUUUACUCGCUGGUGUUGGUACCGGUAUCACUUAUUGCGUUGCACCUAUGUACAUAGGCGAAGUUAGUACGAAGAGAACAAGAGGGCCUUUGAGUGCUUCACUCGCGGUAUGGAUAAACAUUGGCAUGCUGAUGAUUUAUGCUAUUGGGCUCAACAGUCAACGAUUCAAGAUGUCAAUGAUCGCCAUUAUCGUGCCAAUUAUGUUCGUAUUAUGCGUUGGUUGGUUACCCAGGAGUGCGGUUUUCCUCGCGAAAAAGCAGAGAUUCGGCAAAGCUGAAAAAGUACUGAAGUGGUCGUUAGGUAAAGACGACGUCGAGGAGGAGAUGGAGGAGAUCAAGAGAAUCGUAGCGAGUCAGGAAAACGGCAUUACUUUCUGCCAGUCAGUCACCGAAUCGUACUCAAGAGUUGAAAGCCGUCGAGCAUUCAACAUCACUGGGAUCCUAUUGAGUUCCAUGAUAUUUUCUGGUGCCGCGCCUGUAUUAGCCUUCUCGUUCAAAACAUUCAAGGAGGCUGAGUACGAGGCUUUGUCACCCGACCACAGUGUCAUCUCUACUGGUGUGGCUAUUGUCGUGUCCGGAAUUGCCUGUGUGAUCGUCGUUAAACACACGGGAAAGAGAGCGCUCCUACUGUGGGCAACGCCGGUAACGAUCUUGUGUCUUUGCGCCGUGGGAGCCUUUUUUACUGUUAAAAAUUCAGGUGGAGACGUUAACUCUUGGAAUUUCAUACCUACGGUGGCGAUUCUGAUGUAUGCUCUUGCUUACGGUAUUGCACUUAAUCCUUUACCACUUAGUUACAUUAGCGAAGUAUUUCCGAUGGAUGUCAAGGUUCCUGCUGCUCUGUAUUGCUCGUUAUUCUACUCUUUCGGCAGUCUGCUGGUCGUCAAAAUGUAUGAGGUACUAGACACGAGUUAUGGACUGGCCGCGCCGUUCUGGUGUUUCGCCGCGAUAACGGCGUUCCUCUGGCUGUUGAUCUAUUUAUUUGUACCCGAGACCGAAGGUAAAAGUUUGGAAGAGAUUCAAAUGGAGCUACGUGGAAAGAAUGAACCUGCCAAUGAGUACCUAACCAAUAUCAAUAAUUCUAAGUAUUGAUCGUAGAGCAACGAUACUGCUAUGUUCAUGCUCUCGAAAUGUUGUUUCAACGUAUAAAAUUAGCCGAUUGGUUUUUUUUUGUUUCUCUUUUGUAUAACUCUUAUCGUAACUCUUUUUUUAUUUAUCACAGUAUUUAGCGCACGUGUUUGUAAUCCGAGAGUUUAAUGGUUCGACCCGAAUAACACUUACAUCUGUGAUCGCUAAUUGCGAAAAUUGCGUGUCUGAAAUUAUUUACCGAGAGAAUGAGGUCUCCGAAUGCACUUUUUUUUCUUCUUGUCACGUUAAAUACUCAAGAUACUUAUAGAGCAAAUGAUAUUUUCUUAUAUGAACGAUAUAGUUAAUGAAACGUAAUUCUUGAAUAAAAAUAUAGGCAAGUUACAAGGAUUGCGAUUCAAUCGUUUUUCGUGUAACUUUAAUCGUAAGCUAAUAAUUGUAUCGAUCAAAAUUCUACGUUUCGUAAGUUGAUUACGAUUGUAUUAUUCAGUUUUUUAAGGUAUUUAGGAUUGACAUUUUAUUUUGUUUUCAAGUAUAAUAAUAUUAAGUUUUGUUACAAAAGAAUUUUGGCAGAAUGAUGGCAAUUUUCGAAUAUGAAUAUCGAAGAUGUGUUGUAAUAUGAAGUUUCCGUAAAAGUAAAAGUUGUUUAUAUAUGUUAUGAGACAUUGAAUUGACACUCUGGGUGCGAUUGAUUGAGAUUUGAUUUUGACAAGAAUACUCAAAUGUAAAUUAGGUUAAUCUAAUUUUUUUUUUUUCGAUUGUUAGAAAAUA